AUGCCAUUAGUCUUUCGUGAAAUUCAUGGUGAUCUUUUUUCGGCUUCAUCAAAUACAUCGCUUGCACAUUGUGUUUCAAGAGAUAUGAAUGUACCAGUUGGAGGUUGUGCUUAUAUUACUGCAGAUGAUCGUUGUAUUUUUAAUUUGGUAACAAAAGAAAGAUAUUAUUAUAAACCAACAAUGGCUACAUUAGAAUCAAGUCUUCGAGUAAUGCGAGAUUUAUGUAUUGAAAAUAAGAUUCAUCAUUUGGCAAUGCCUCGGAUUGGUUGUGGAUUAGAUAAACUUAAUUGGAAUGAAGUAUCUAAGCUAAUUCAAGAUAUAUUCAAAGAAGAUGAUAUUGAAAUUAUGAUUUAUACUAUCUAA